AUGAACCCAUGUGUGUUCCGUCAUGUACUGCAGUAUGAACUUGGUCAAAUUAAUAAUCUCUCAACAACUAGCAAAGGUGUAGAUAAUAAUAUUGUAUCCACCUUAAGAGGUGGUGUUAAAGGUCUCAUAGUGACCUUACAAGGUGACACUCCCUGGAUGGUCUGCUGGUCACCUGGUAUGUCUGUGGAGAUGCUAACUGAGCUCAUGGUUCAGGCUGCUGGUGCCAAGUGUACCUUGACAUGCAGCUUCCUCUACCAGGCUGGAGCUCAGUCCUCCUUAUGUACCAAGUGUGGCAUGACUCCUGUGCACGCUGCGCUGGAAGCUGGACACUGGGACCUUGCUGAGCACAUAAUCAAGGACAUGGGAGGUUCUGUGUAUAUCCCGGACAACAGUGGUCAACUACCUACAAGUGUGAUGAAUACAAAGCUCCGCAAGACACUUGAGAAGACCAGUUGUUUCGAAAGAAGGAAACUAAAAAUGUUAGAGAAGAAGAAUAAAAACAUAAUUAGUGAGGUACACACAGAGCUCUGCCAGACACUUGAGAAGACCAUUUAUAUCAAGGAAAGACACCAACUAGAAGACUUAUUGGAGAAGACGAAAUCCCCCAGUGAUAAACAACUGGUGCAGGAGUUUUUGAAGAUUCAGGAGCUUCUCUUCAACAAGACGAAUCCUUUUACCCAAUAUGAGGAAACACUGGUGUUAAAUAUAGGAUACCUAACACUCCUGGUGGCCUCAAGAAAGGGGCUACAACAACUUAUUUACCUCCUGGUAAAGAGAGGUGGACUUGCUGUAGACACACUAGUGGAUAAUAUUAGUGACACCACUGCUCUCCACGAGGCUGCCUCUCAUGGAAAGUCUAGCUGUGUUCUCCUUCUUUUAAANCCCUUGGCCCCAAACCCUUGA